CUUGUAGCUGCUCGCCCGCUUCAAUAACAAUACACCCGCCGCGCUUUAGAAGCGUGGCUCACGUCUCUAAGGUCAUCCAGUUUCCAUCAUUUUUUUCUCUGGAUAAUCUUGAAAUUUCAUCUGACAACGUAACGAAUAAGGCAUCAUGGAGGAAGAAGUGCACUUUGUGAACAUAGACCUGAACGAUGACAACAUCUGCAGCAUCUGUAAGCUAGAGACGGACACUGGGACACUGUCUUUCUGCCAUGUGUGUUUUGAACUGAGCAUAGAGGGUAUAUCCAGUGCUACUCUGCUACAUUCUAAAUCUCUACGUGGCCAUAGGGACUGCUUCGAAAAGUACCAUCUCAUUGCCAACCAGAAGCUCUCCCGCGACAAGGCCUCCCACAGUGCAUACGAGGACAUGAAAAGGGCACUGAGCCAGCGAAUCAACCGCAUUAUUCAGUACGCCCAGAACAGAGACUCUGAAUCCAUAGAGACAACCAGGCGCUGGGGGGCCAAACAGAUUCUAUGCCACACACAACAGGGCGGAAGGAAACUCGUGCCUCAGUCGGACGCCCAAGUGCCCCGUUACUCCCCACGCUGGGCGGAGGAGGCUUUGGCCGAGUCAAAAUAUGGUAAAUCCAGGUUGGACUGUCACUCCGCUGAGGAGCUCGGCCUCAGCCUGCUGCAGAGCUCACAUCAGGGAUUGUGGGCCGGAGAGAGACACCACCCACGAGAACAGCAGAACAGAGAGCAGAGAGAUGCAGCCAGACAGAGGAGACACACGGGACACAGUCGAGAACAGUUGGUGAGAAUGAGUAUGGAGGAGCUUCAUCAGAUGAAUGAGCAGUUGUUGCUACAGAUACAAAAUGUGUUUGAGGAGCUCUCUGUGGCUGUACAAGAGAAGGACUCCCUUUCAUCAGAGCUUCAUGUACGACACAUAGCCAUCGAGCAGCUCUUCAAAAACUGUUCCAAACUGCCGUGGCUCCAGAUCGGGAGAGCAGGGAUCAAACCUGGCAACAACCCAGUAGAAUGAGAGCUUUUGUGGAUGCCAACGUCUCCCCAUAAAGACACCACAGCUCCAUGUAGACUAAAGUGGAAGCUCACUUUGGACCUAGGAAAGUACAUAGCCUAAACAAGAAACACACUCGUAUGCUUUCCAAUUCUAGUGUGCUAAUGAGAGGUUGUGGUCACCCUGCUCUUCAAGGCGACUUUUGACAUUUUCAGCCGUACUUGAAGUAGAAAGUCGCUAAGGAAAAUACUUUGAAAGCGAAAUUAGUGCAUUUUGCAGUCCUGUCCAAAGUGUUUCUAUGCAGAUUGAGGUGUUUGUGAAACACUCAACAUUUCACUAAGGCUCAUUAACUUUCUUUUUUUUUUUUUGUGGUUCCAUUUCAUGUAUAUUUUUUUUCUUUCUAUCAUUGUUUACUCUCCACACUUGAUCAUUUUCGGGUGGUUAAUAGACUUGGAUCAGUCUGACAAUUCCUCUAGCACAUUUGGGCUUGCUGAUUGGUUGUGGAGUUGCUGUGGUAACUGUUGCUUAGUUAACAGUUUUUCCCUCCCUCUGCUCACUGCAGUGGAACUUGUUAAUGAGUGUGGAGCAGAUUGCGUUGUUCCAUUCAUCUAAGGUAUAUUUUGGUGUUACGCUAAGGUACACCACACACUCUUUUUUGUUUUUGUUUUUUUUGUGGAAGAUUACAUUUCAUUUGUCAUUGCACUCUUAAAGCGAAACAAGCGGUGCUAGUGCCUAGCUUUUUCUCAAAUUUGGUAUGUCAAGAUUUUACAAGUUAUGAGAAUUAGGGCGGGAAAUGGUAUGGUUGGUGGUUGAUCUUCCAUAAGUGUUGAGCACCACUUUGUAAGGCCUGACUUUGAGUUGGGCUUGACUUGGUGGUGGUAUUAAAAUUGGAGUGAUAUCGUCAACCAUCUGAACAAGAGCUUAACCAAAGACUUUGUUACCUCAUGGUAACAAUUUCAGUAUUUAUUUUGUGCAUACAGUUGUUUGCUUGUUACAAUUAUUUAAAACCAAAUUAGCUAUUUGAUUCUCCUUCAUGUAAAUUUAAACCCUCUUGAACAUUUUUGUCAAAGUCUCCACCCCCAGAUAUGUGUGUUCUUUUUUGGAGUGGUUUUCCUUUCUGUAAUGUUUAGUAGUUGUUGUUUUUUGGUUUUUUGCUGUGUUUUGGGGUCUGCACAUAAAUUGGCAGGGGCAAUGUGAGCUUUAACGCAACUGCCUUGAUAUUUGGAUCAGACUGUGCUACCAUCUGGUGGGUGUUCAGAGAAUCAGACCUUCCUGUUCACUUACUACAUUGAUGUUUGCAUGGUUUAGUGUCUAUUAUCUCUAGAAUCUUUAAAAAAAAUAAUGCAAAAUUUGAAAAUUGUUUUAGGAAAUCAGCUUGGUAUACUUGAAUUAUCUGUUCUCUUUAUAAGAGAUGCAAAUUCGGCUGACCCCUUUGGGGUUUCUAAGAAGAGUUUUUUUUUUUUUUCAAAUAUUUUAUAUGAGUGGGUUAUAACAAAGUAGUUUAUUCUGGAUAUGCAUUUGUUAGUAACUAUAGAUGAACUGGAAAAAAGCAAUAUGAAGUGUAGUUUUAAAUACUUUUUUUUUUAGUGGUUUACUCUUCACGUGACAUACAGGAUUUUAGAGUUAAAGGAGUAAAUGAAGCACACUGCCCAAAUAAGUUUAUUCUCUUAUUGCAGAGAAGAUGAUUGAACUACACGAGUUGGACGAUUUUCAUGCUUGACUGUAUCGAGUGUGUUGCAAAUGUAGGCCAUGCGUUUAAAUGUUAACUUGUUUAUGUUGGUGUAAAUGAUGUAUUAUUAAUUUUCUUAUGUUUAUUAAUUGCUUGUGCUAUUACUUUUUUUUUUUUUUUUUUUUUUUUUUUUAAGAUUUACAUUUUUCUAGUGGCCUGUGUUAUGUGACAUUGAAAUGUUUAUGCAAUACUAUUUUUAGUAGAGCUUUCCAUCAGUGUAGAAGAUUUCUGGAUGCUUUCUGUUUUUUGGAGUUAUGUGCUCAUUUUCUUUAAGGUAUUUAAUUAAUAAAAAAUAUUUUUCCUAUACAUCUGGUGUGACUCUUUAUUUUAU